AUGAAUCCGCUUCUCUCCGUCCUCCUAUCCGCUUCAAUCGCCUCCCUCUUCGUUCUCUCUCUUUACGUGUGGGAGGUUCCCCGUCUCUUGCGCGGAGCUCCACCGGCCAAUCGCGACGACCCACGUGUCGUGUGCCAGCGAAUCACGAGCGUGCUCGGUUCCUGCGUGGCAUCCGCCGCCAUUGUCGCAUGUGCCAAAACAUUCGGCCUGUUGGACGACUCCCAUGCCCCUCUACCUUCCGUUCCACGUCUUCUUUCUCUGCAACCUGACUACCUGAUCCCCUCCCUCGCCUUCCCUCUCCUCCUCGUGGUUCUCCUCUUUCUCGGCCCUCUCAUUCUCUCCGCAUUCAAUUCACUCCAAGCCAUAGCCGCUGCGAGGCGUGAGAAUCGUCAUUACACCGCUCUAGCCAGUGCCGAUGGUGCAGAUGGCGCUGCUGAUGGUGGUGGUGCGGCUGCUUCUGUUCCGUGUGCAUCUAAGCCACUGGUGCUGCCAGUGCUCCCGAGUGACCUGCUGUCCCACGUCCGCAACCUGGUGGUGGCUCCUCUCAGCGAGGAGUUUGUUUUCCGGGCAGCCCUGUGUCCCCUUCUGCUUGCGGGCGGCUUCUCGGUCACCUCCACGGUUUUCAUCUGCCCGCUUUUCUUCAGCCUAGCACACGGCCAUCACAUCUGGAACCUAGUGCACUACCAUCGCUGCUCCCUUCCCCAAGCUCUUGCCAUGCGUUCCAAAUGGCCUUCACUGGCAGCUCACGCAUUCUGCAAUGCCAUGGGGGUCCCGGAUUUCCAAGCAGCCCUGACACAUCCAUACAGAUACGUGAUAUGCUCAUCAUUUGUAGCAGGAGUGGUCCUGUUCGCAACAUUGGUCAACCCACUCACAGACCCGCCUCUAUUCAACAGACCAGUUGCAUCCUGCCACGUCAGCCUUGGGUUCUGCAAGUGGCAAUGA